AUGGAUGAGUUAUCUUUAUUUUCUAUUUCAAAUGGGAAGCAUUAUUCCAAUGAUAAUGAAAGUGAUGAAGAAGAAAAUGAACAUCCUUUAGAUAUAAUAAUACAACAAGAACAACAACGACAAGAACAACCAUUACAAAAUGAACGUGGUGGUCGUCGUAAAGGUGUUCCACGUCGUUUACAAUUAUCACCUGAAAUAAUUAAACCACCAACACAAAGACUUUUACCCUUAUCAUUAAUAAAAACAUCAUCAACAAGUGUUCAUCAUCAUGAACAACCUAUAUUAACAUCAGAUCAAGAAGAUGAAAAUGAUAUUGAAGAUAUUUAUCAUCAAAAUCAAAUUGAACAAAAUUAUCUUCAAUUAAAUUUAUUAUCAAAACAUUUUGUUAUUGAUAAUAAUAAUAAUAAUAAUCAUGAAGAAAAUGAAGAUAUUUUAGAAAUAGUUGAUGAUAUUUUAGCUGAUAUAGUAACAACUAUUGUUAAAGAUAUUAAAGAACAACGAAAAAAAAUAAUAAAUAAAACUAAUGGACAUAUAAAUCAUAAACAACAAAUGAAUGGAAUAAAAAAAAUAACUAAUGGAAAACAUAAUUCAAAUGGUCUUAGCAGUAAAUCUCAACCAUCUAUACCAUCAUCAUCAUCAUCGAAAUUAUCUGAUCGUUCAAAAAUAUUUAAUGAUUUAACUAAAACAAUACCUAUGAAUUCUCAACAAUCAUUAGUUAAACAUAAAUUAUCUCCUUCACAAUCAUCAUCAUUUUCUUCUUCACCGACAAAUAAACGACAAAAAACAUCUGAAACAUCAACAUCUUUAUCAAUGCAACAACAACAACAACUUUUAUGGGAAAUGACACAACAAUUAAUGAUGUCAUCAACAUCAAAUGAAACAGAUAAUCUUGCAGUAGUUAAUUCAUCUUUAUUAAAACAACAAUUACUUGGUUUAACACAAACUGAUGCAAUACCUAAACGAACAAAUCGUCCAUCGAAACCAGAAAUUCAAUCAUCAGGAAUAAAUUCAAAUACAACUAUAAUUCCAUCUACAUCUCAUUCAUCAACAAGUCCUUCACCAUUUGAACGUGGAAAUUUUGCUCCAAGACGUCGUGGACGACCACCAAAAUAUGUUACUGAUCGAGGAUUAGCUGGUCUUUCUUCGCUUGAUCUCGAUCCAUCAUCAUUAACAUCACCAUAUGAUCAACUUUUUGCAGCUAUUGAAAAUGGAAUGAAUACAAAUGCUGGAGCAUCAUCUGCAGCCGCAUUUCAAUCAGCACUAGCAUCUAUGCUUGGACAACAAGCUGGUUUAUCAAUACCACCACCUCC